CGUUCUGUGAAAGAGAUUGGGGAAUUCAAUUCAUUGGAAGUAGUGCAGAAAAUCGAGAACUGACAGAACGGAAUACCGCGGAGGGCAUUUGAAGACAUAUCGUUUACUAUUAUACAAGUUAGCUAGGGCAUAAAUAUUUAUGCGCAAAAAUAACAAAUCCGUCGCGUGUGUUAUAUAUUUACAGAAGAUUAUCAGCACGCAAUACGGUAGCUCCUUUUGAUCUUAAGUCAUGGAUGACAAUGAGGGGUCAGAACCUGAGGACAUCCCAAUUGUAGGUUUUCUGGAAGAUAUGGGAAUUGACAAACCUCGUUGGACUCCUGUGAUUGGCCCAGCAAAGAAAGAAGAUGACAAGCCCGAACUUCAACAUGUACUGAAAGUUCGCAUGUCCAAAGGUGGUGACAGUGGUGACAUGAGUCGUUCCGUGUGGGUCGAAGAGGAUGCCCCGCCUUCAAGAAAUUUUGAGGACGCCAGAGCUAAAUGGGACUUCCAGCCGGGCCGCGCUGCUCGCAACGGAGAUGCUCCUGGACUGAGGUCACCCUCCCCUCGACAGAAGAAAGGUGCCGGUGGACGGAGUGCACGCAACUCACGUGGAGAAGACAGCUUUGCCGAAGACGGCGGGCGUUCGCCGCAGGCUUACAGGCAGUCACAGGUUUAUGAGUACGAACACGCACGAGGAAAGCAGAGAAUGCCACCAGCUGAGGAAGAAGGAAGAUUUAGGAAAGACGUACACGUGCCGAGGAGGGUUAGGGACGACUCCCCACGUGAAAGACGUCACAAGAGUAGAGAACCGAGGUUGUCACCACCGCCCGUCAGGAAGAGAGAACGUAGUAAUUCACCUGACAGGUACAGGAGGGCCCGAUGGGAACACAGUCCGUCACCAGUGAGAAUGGUUCGCCGCUCUGUCUCUCUGUCGCCGCCGCCCAGGAGCCGGCACAGGUCGCGUUCUCCACCUCUGCCCCCCAGGAGGCGUGGUGGAAGUCACGAGUGGAGCCCGUCACCACCUCCACCUCCUUCUCAUCACCGCCGCCCCCUGCCAAGCCACUAUCCGCCCCGGGACUUGGGCGACCGAGAAGUGCACCACGUACGGGACUGGAGGUCGCCACCACCCGCCCCGUCUGUCUACGAAGGAGCCCACGGCUCUCACCAGGUGCAGCAUUCAUCAGCAUCCGGUUUCAACGUAAUGCCUCCUGUUCAACAAUCUGUUUACGGAGAGAGUGGAUACAACUCUGUCUCAGCUCCUACAUCGUACUCAGAUUCUGGUGGUUAUCACGGCAAUUACCAGUCUCAGGAAUAUGGCACCUAUGAGUACUAUCAGCAACAGGGAACAGGCACAUCGUACCCAUCCCAUGCACAAGGGGAGUACAGCACAUCUGGGCAAGCAGCAGGACAGUCUUGGCAGAACAGUUCCCUGUCUACCAUGUAUUCUGAAGCGGCGCCAGCACCAGGUUCUGGUGGAGACGGCGGUACGUCGACAGCAGGUUCACACUCCGUGUCUGUCACGAAUCAAAAGAGUGAUGAUGCCAAAAAAGAAGCUGCCAUUCAGAAUGAGUUACUUCAGCAGAAGCAGACACUCGCCCUCCAGAGAGACGAAUAUGUACGUAAAGCUGCAGCCCUCGUGCGAGAGCUGAACGUCCUCAAAGAGCAGGAAGAAGAGUUAGUGAGAGAAGAUUCACGCGAUAACAAGCGUUUCCUGCGUGAGAACACCAAGCUGCAGAUGGAAAUUCAGAACAGACUGACAGCUAUUAACAACGUCAUUGAUAUGUUGACUGGCAUUAUUGGUGAUCAAAACGAAGUAGCAGAUCGUACGAGUAAAAAGAGCAAGCACAGGAAAAGAUCAAAGAAGCAAGAAGACUCCGAGGAGUCUGCAGCAGACUCUGACGAAUCGGAGGCCUUGGCUGAACCCCCUAUUGCCGAAGAGAAGACGACAUCUGCAACUGUUGCUGCUUCAAUCUCCAAUCUCGGUUCUGGGCAGCGCCACAAUCUGGUCUUCUAUGAUCCCGAGAUGCACUGGUGCCGUGUGUGUGACGUCUUUCCUCGGACUGCUAAGGAAUUCCUGAACCAUUUACACAGUCCUGACCACAAGCAGCAAAUAUUGGAGCGAAAACUGGUGGAUUUGCCAUGGCAUAAGGUACAACAGGCAGAAGAAGUCUUGCCUACUAUCGAAGGAUUGCCAUCUAAGCGAACACCGAUAAAAGGUUUGCAAUUUUUUGUGUCAGCCACUGCUUGGUUUUGUAAGCUGUGCAGCACCUGGAUGGGCGACCUCCACUGUGCGUCAGUGCACUUGAAGGGCAAGUCACACUCAGAAAAAUAUGCCGCUUUUGUUGAGCAAAAUCCACACUGGGAAAUGGAUUGGUUAUCUGACCGAGAGAAGGCGUAUGAAGAGAAGCAGCGCAAGGGUUCUUCAAAAGAUGACCAAAAUGAAAGCAAGACAUCUAUCAGAGAUCAUUCCUCCAAGAAGCAGCUCCGUGAGAGGAACUCCAGAAGGAAACGACAAAUGGCCACUGGGAAGGACAGCAAGCUGGGCUCCUCGGGCAGCAGCACAUCCAGCAGUUCCUCGAGCAGCAGUUCGAGCUCUAGCAGCUCCGACGAGGAAGGGAAUGAUAAGGACAAGGUUCGCAGCAUCCGCGUCACCAUGCGGAACAAAGCCAAGGCCAAAGCGUUGGCAGCUGCGGCCGCGAUGACUGCCACUUCCCAACAGCAGUCGGCAUCGAAGGCUUCGCUGCCCCAGAGUAGGUGGGACAGCCCAGAAACUGCCAAGCAAGCCUCGACGCCUGUGGUGUUGGGACGCAGUGGAUUUCAAAAGGUGGCAGGCCAAGCAAGUGCAGUGCACGUGAAGGCUGAGAGUCCAAGUGACAAGAUAUUAGAGGAAUGGAAUAGCAUGAAAGACACUGCAGUGAGCGAAGGGGACAAGCAGCUGCUGAGCCACCUGAAGGAGCGCAUCAAGCAGCGUCAGGAGGAAGAGGACAAGAUGGUCGCCAGUGCGGCCGCUGCUGCCGCCGCUGCUAUCGCAGCAGCAGUGAAUGCUGAAAAGGUGAAGGAGAAGGAGGAGAGGGAACAGCGUGAGAAGGAGAAGGAAAGAGGCAGAGAGAGGGAAAAGGACAAAAUCAGAGAACGUGAAAAAGAGAGAGAAGUUGCGAGCCGGAGGGAGGAACGUGGUCGUAAUGUGCAUGAAAGGGAAAGGCGGCGCAAACGGGGACGUAGCCGCAGCGAUUCACCGCCCCCGACACGCCGCGGGGAGAGGGAGCGUGAGAGGGACCGUGACAGAGACAGGGAAAAGGAAAGAGAGAGGGAAAGGGAAAGAGAAAGAGAGGAAAGGGAGAAAGAACGAGAGAAGGAUAGAAUGAGGGAGAAGGAACGGGAGAGGUCCAGGAGCGGCAAGCGAUUGUCGCCUGCCAGGAAACACCCCUCUGGGAGGAUAGACCGCGAGGACGAAAGGUCGAGCCCCACUGUGAAGAGCAGCCCGCCGGACCGACGGACACCUUCCGGGAGCAAGCGCGGUGACCCGUCGCACAUCGCGGCUGCGGACGACAGCGAGAUGAAGUUCGAGCGAGCCACUGCCGAGUCGGCAGCAAAAUCGCGCAGCAAGGCCAAGCGGAGCGGGAGUAGCGUUGUCGGAGGCGGCGGCGGCGGCACGGGCAGUGGCAGCGCGGCCGGCAGUGCGGGAGUUGGAGGGGGCCCGAGUGCAGGUGGCGCGGCGGCGCAGGCGGCGGCCGGCUCCAAGUCCAAGCUCCCCUUCAUCGGCCGCAUGCCCAUACUCAAGAACAUUGCGGCAAAGAGGAAAGGCUCCUCUACUGACAGAGGAGAUGAUGACGGAAAACUAGAUGACAAAAACGAUGAGACUGGAGACUCUGUACCCUUCGGUCCUCUGCCCGAGCCUCAGGACAUGGAGAUCGAUGACGAAAACUCGGGCGAACCGUCGGCACCAAUUGCAGAGAACGUGCCAGCUCCGAAACCGACUGCUGCUCAGCAGACGAGUGCAAAGACAGGCAGAACUGUAGCCCCACCGAGCAGUUCACCCUCGAGGCCCGCGAGGAUGGAGCAGCCGCCUCCACCUGCUACAAUGGAACAACCUCCGCCACCGGCAGUGUCCGUUGUAGCCGUCGAUGAGACUACACCACCCGGGCACGACCCUGUACCGCAGCAGUCUGAAGCCGCCGCAGUGCCACUGAAUAUUCGACCGAACAUUGCCCAUGGGGAGAUGGCAGUGACAGAUGCGGCUGUUUCAAAGACCGGUGCUGGUGCUGAGGGACCUCUACCUAGAGAUUUCCAGGAGGCCCUAAAUAUCUUAUUCCCUGGACAAGACGAGGGAAAAGAAGGGGAAGGCAAGGACAGUCAACAGCAGCAGCAGCAGCAGCAACAGCAGCCGCAGAUGCCACUCGGCAUGCACCCUCACCAGCCACCGCCGCCAUGGGGACCCCACGUGAUGCCGCCGCAGAUGGGCUACGGGCCGCCUCCGGGCCAGAUGAUGGGUCCGCCUCCCGGGAUGAUGGGACCGCCGCCCGCCAUGAUGGGACCCCCUCCGGGCAUGAUGGGCCCCCCUCCGGGACAUCCUCCAAACGUGAUGCCUCCACCUGGGAUGUACGGACCCCCGCCACCGGGGAUGGGAGGUCCUCCGCCCCCUGGUGUAGGCGGCCCCCCACCCCCCGGCGUCGGCGGGCCCCCGCCCCCUGGUGUGCACGGGCCACCCCCCACCACAGCCAGCCCCCAGUAUGGGCCGCCCCCCACCUCGGGCAGCCCCCAGUACGCACCACCCCCUGCAGUGGGUCCUCCGCCCGGGCUGCCGCCAACCUCGCAGCCCCCCACCACAUCGCAGCCUCCUCCGACAGCAGUGCCGCCUCCGCAGCACAUGGGUGUGAGGCCCCCCGGUGCUCCCCCGACGAGUGUGCCGCCACCGUACCUGGGUCAGAUGAGCAAGGAGGACCUCGCUAUGCUCGGCAUAGAUGCCGAGGAUAUGGCGGCACAGACAUUCUGAUGCAACUGGGACCUUCCCCGGCGAAGAAUGGUUGCUGCCAAACUUUUGCCGUACGUGCUGAGGAAGUUGUCCUGAAGGCUCGAACUGAUGUAGUGUAUUAUGAAGUGUUGUUUUGUAGGUUUAUCACUAUAAAACAGCAACUAUUGUCUCUGUUCCUACAUCUGUUGUCUGCCGAGGGUUGUACGUCUUAACGAUUCUCUGAAAGGAAAGAGAGCAGUCGGAAUGCGUAGUGUAUGCUGUACUACAUGUCAGUUAACUUGAAAGUGAGAAGAGUGGGUAGGCCUAAGAGACUAGAUUCUCGGAUGUGACACAAACAUUCAAUGAAAAUGGGUGGCAAAUGUAAUUGUUGUAGCCAAUUAUUUCUCUAAAUCUGUGCUUAAAGAUGUGUAAAAGUUGUAAAGUAUUUCUGAAAUCAUGAAUUUGACAUGGAAUUUGUGCACUUCCACUGCCAUCAAGCCUGAAGAACUAACCUACAAUCAACAUUUGUGUAUUCUUUGAAGUUAAUGUUGUACUACUUGUUUAUGCUUUGAUUUGAAUGUACUGGGUCUGUAGUUCCUGUAGGCAACAAUAGUAAACAAGAGAUUCACUUGUAGAAACCCGCUCCCCCAAUUCCACUCCAACCUCUCUCUCUCUCUCUCUCUCUCUCUCUCUCUCUCUCUCUCUCUCUCUCUCUCUCUCUCUCUCUCUUUUUUCCUCCGUGAAAGAUAAACAUUAACCCUUCCUCUUUUCCUAAUGAAAACAGAAGUGUGAACAGCAGGUGAGUACUUAACAUUCAGCAGGCGUAAUUCCAAGUUCUGUUGAUAUACAUGUGCAGAAGUAGGAAAAACUGUUAUGUUUGGAACAGUUCGUUCCUUUGUCAGGAAAGAAAGGAGCCUAGGUUAAAAAGUUUGAAAGUUUGAGCAGGUCACUCGGACUGCUGUUUUAGUGGCCUACUAUAACUUCCCAAUACUUCAAAGACUAACCUUUUUCCCUCUCUGACAGACGAAGUAACAGUUCCGCAAGCUAGAUAAGUUUGUUUUCUGUUUCUAUAUGUGUCUUGGCAGUAUUUGAGGUUUCAUCUCUUGAAGAUAGGUAAUAGUAAGUCAUUCUGUCAUCGUAAUUUUACAGUUUUCUCGUGUGGAUAUUUUGAUGGCAUUAUUGCUUUAAAUCCAGCCACUUUGCUUCCCUAUAUUUUGUGCUGUGCAAAGGUCUGAUAAAAAGAGCAAUGUUAUAUGUUUAUUUCUCAUUCUUCCUGAGAGGAUGUAGUGUUAUACGGUGCAAGUAAUAAAAAAAAAUUAUUUCUCUUAGUCUAAGGUAAAGAUGUGAAUCAUAAUGUUUUACAGUGACAUGAAAUGGAUGCAAUAUGACAAGCUGCAGUUCUCACCUCUUACUAUGAAGUGUACCGCUUCAGAGAUAACAAAUUCCAGCAAGAUGUAAUGUCCUGCUAGCAUUGUGUUGAAGUUAUAAGGUCGAACUACUUUGAGAAAUCAGAAAAGUUAUUACAUAAGGUAUAAGUGAUGAAAAGUCUGCUAAGAGUUGUUUCUCCAAUCUAUGAUUGGCCCAUAGGUCAGUUAAUAAAUAUGAUAAUAUUUGGUAUUGGCAAGCAGUUUCUGACUGUUUAUUGCACCACAGUGUUAUGGUGGUAUAAAUAUAUUUUUAGGUACUUUAGAAUAAAUAAUAAAACGUGUUAUUGGACAGCUGGCCCUUUGUACAUACAUUGCAUGUGUCUAGAGCUUGUUAUAUCAGACUAAAUGGUUUAUUAGAUCUGUACUGUGGGUGUAUUUAAUUUAACUCUUAGAAGGAUUUCUAUUCUACCUAUAAAGUUGAAAAUUACACUUUAUGGAAAGUGGUAUAUGGGACCCAGAGAUUGUCUUUUUAUGUAAUGCCUUGAGUCCCUUGUAUAAUGUCACUGACUAUGUUAAAUAGCCCAAAUCUCCUUUCAUAUUUCCUUUACAGUUCUGACUGUAUCAUUUGUUUUUGGAUGUGUGAGAACAUUAUUUAGUGUGAGAAAUGUCAAACUGUUGAUAGAGACUUAUUUUCUGCUCCUGUACAUCAUGUAAGCCAGGAGGGGAAGGAGACAAGUGAUAAAAAGCUGUAAAAGCGUAUGUUUGUGUACUUGUGUGUGGUUGUAACAGUGCAGUUCCAGGACCAGAACAUUCUAAGACGUCCUGGUUGGCCUGAUCAGUUAGUGAAAGAAUAAUUCUCAAGUAUUACAUAAUUUCUUAUAUCUAUGUUAUUUUUGUUUAUUAUCUACCUUGUGUAGAAAUUGUCAUCUGGAAGAGUAAAUCUCUAUUAUCUGUUUUAUAUGUUCUGAGUUUGAACUUUCAGUAUUUGAAUCAUUCAGAGUUAACACAAUUUCCAUUUUAUUGUAAUUAGUUGUGAUGUAACUUUACUGUCUUUUUGUUCAUCUGUAGCUUCAUAAAUAAAUUUUUUAAAUUGGA